GCGAUGGUUUGACAGCGGCGUUUUUCGUCACGUUUCAGGACACGAGAGUUGCGUCCAGCGGGAAGUCUGUAACAUGACAAAUCCUUUCUUCGACGAGAAUGAUGCUUGGGGUUACUGGGUCGUCUCGAUCGGCGCCCUCCUGUCGUUCCUCGGCCUUGUCGUCGCUUGCAUCUGCAGCUGUCGACGCAACGAAAAUAAGAAUGAGUUUCUGGGACUUGCUGGUAUGGUAACACUGAAUAAUUCCGAAACAGAUGGUUUCAACAGAAUUCCAACAGCAGAUGUGUCCCAAGUUGUUGCGCAAGAUGUCAACGAUGGUGGGAAAAGGACUACAAGUGCCAACAGAAGUCUUCCGGAUAUUCCAAAAGAUAAGAACAGAGAACAUGAGGAUAUAGCCGAGUCAGUACCUCAGGAUAUUUAUGAAACGACCGAAACCAUGGGAGAUCAUUCAGAAUUGUACGCCACGGUCCAAGAUACAGGGCAAGAGCAGAUAUCCGAGAGGGAGACGCAGGAAACUCCCCAGCAAAGUUCUAUGGCGCAAGACGCAUCUCAUCAGUACGCGAGAUUCGCAUCUCCCGUCUCUGACAAGGUCGAACAUCCUUACGCGCAACUUCAAAGUGUUCAGAAGACUGAGGCUAGUCAAGUAAAUAGAAAUAAUAUUAAUCAAACCAACGCGAGCAUCGAGAAGCCGUCGACGUCGUCCAUGGGCCAGCUGAUCGGAAAUCCAGUGGCGCCGCCGCGCACCCGCAGAUCGUCUUCGCACAAUUCGCUCCUCAGCUCCGACUCUCAUUGCGACAUUCAGGCCGCCAACGCUAUCUCCGGCGGUGUGCAGGCCAAUCAAGACCUGCCCUACAUGACACCGCCCCUCUUAAUGCUGCUGCCGCAGCUGCCGCAACCCCAGCACAACAGUCCGCAGCAGCAUUUCAGCGGCGACUCCCAAGACUCGAAAGGAUACACAAGCAUAAGCGUGAGGGAGCCAUUAGCCAAUAUAAUCGCACAGACCAAAGCAGCUUACAGGCAAAACCAAUCGACUCGGCUGAUCACCGACCCUCAUUACGCCACUGUCUCCGACGAUUCGGAUGAAAUGUACGCCGCGAUUGAUGAGCAGGACAAGGUGUACACCAGUGGCAGCGAAACGUACGCGCAAAUUCAGCCGACGAUGUUAGAAGUACAAAGAGCGGCGCAACACGACCAGAUGGUAUUCUGCCAGCCUCCUUCCCGCGCGGAAGAGACGCACGUUGCGCCGCAACCGCCGAGCGUCGACAGUUUGCGUCACGUUGCGCACGCCCACUCCAGACAAGCAUCGUCAUCCAGUGCCAACAGUUCCAUCAUCAAUCCUGGAUCUCCGAAGCCCGAGAAGCGUCAAGCGAACUCCCCGCUGCCGCCGCCGCCGGAGGCAAGCGCCGAGAUGUACGCGUCCAUCGACAAGAAGGGCAAAGCCGACGACAGGUCGAGGUCCUCGCUAUCGGUGGGUAAGUCGCUCGAGGACAUGUACGCGAAGGUGAUGAAGAAGAAGAGAGAAGUGGACGAACAGAACGACGCUCACCCAGCGGCCUCCAAUAAUCUUCUGUACCCUGAAGCGACCGCCGCCUGUAGGAAACUCAGUUUGAUAGAAAUCAGCCGGGCGUCCUGGUGCAGCCACGAGUCCGUGGAGAUCCAGAAGAAAGAGCCGGACAAUCCCGCGCACUAUCCGGUCGCUGCGAACCCCGUCCCGACGAACUUCCACACCGGCAAAGGUGACGCCUCGAAACUGCCGAAAGCCGACGAGACGGACGUCGUCGCGAUUUUGUGUUCGCACAUGGAGAUCGAGCACGGCUACGAGGCAGUCGACACCAGCGGCAAGAGGAGCUCCUCGGCGAGAAACGCGAGCUCGUCGAACUCCAACCCCGACUUGAAUUACGAGAUGCUGCGUCCGCAGUGUUCGCGAGAGAACGAUUACCACCCGGCGAGCGGCGGUGGUGGCGGCGCGAUGUCGUCCGCCAGAGACGCGCUCAGCGAGACGUACUCCGUGCCGUUCAAGCACAGGCAAGUGAGCAACGCCAGCAGCGAGGAUCCCGGCUACGAGAAGGUGAGGCUACGAAGGCGCGUCGAGCUGGAUCAGGACACGGACUCCGAGCCGAACUACGAGAGCAUGCCCCACGACCCGGGCGAGCCCAACUACGCGUCCGUCUGCAGGCCGGGCGACAGCGACACGGAUCCCAAUUACGAGUCCGUGUGCCACGGCGACCCGAACUACGAGAGCGUCAAGUACAUGAGCAUGACGCAGAGCGAGGAGCCGCCGUACGAGCAGGUGAACAACCUGUUCCUGCCGGACGUGAACGCGGACGGGUACGAGAAGGUGAAGGACGUGAAGACGACGAGCGAGGAGACGGAUUACGAGAAGAUCGACACAGGCAAUUCCAUGGAACGGAUCAGCAACGGCGACACCGACGACGAGCAAUACGUUCAGGUGUAACGCGUCGAGCUCGUUCGAUCGAUCGACGAUUCGCCACGUGCGGUGAUAAUCAAACUGACUGGACGGCCUGUCCUUCUCGGCUGAAGCAGCCCACGUUUUUUUUUUUACCUUCGAAGUGAAACUGAUAUACGGUCUGACGGUUAUCCGUCCGUGUGCUCGUACACAGCCGGCAGAUUAACAUGUUGACGCCGGGCUGACUUUCAUUGAUCGUACAAAAACCCGAUUGACAGUCGAAAUAUUGAGAGUAUGGUAUGCAGGUGUAAUUGGAGGUACUUUCGCCUCGUUUUGUUGGCCUUUCAUAGACUGUGACAAUUUCGUAGAUAUAUUUGAUUAUACUUUGUUAGAUUUUCUACGUAACUUGAUAAGAGAACGAUAGUAUUAUAUAUUGCCAGUCUCAUCGGUGACUAUCACCAUGACACGAGUUUCGCAUCUCUUUUGUCCAAUAAGAACAUAUAUUUUCUAAGAAUUACUUAAAAAAAAUACAAAUUCUAUCGGACAGAGGACGCGUUGCGAAACUCGCCGAGGGAAAAAAAAAAGUAUCGCAACCUUUAAUCUGUCGACUGUGUAGGUUAGAUUAAACCAGACGAAAAAGUUCUCCACCAUUUUGCGAACAACCACGUAAAGUUGAUUAAGUUAUUGAUGAAAAUUUAGUUAUCAAUUAAAAAAGAUUGAUAAAAGAUUGUGCGCGAUGCGAUAGAACUCGAUGAUGGCAGUGCUGGCAAUUCUCCGUAGCGUUUACCGUAGCUUUACUGUAUUUCAAUCCACGCACACGUAUUUCAUCUUUGGUUGCGUUCAGCGAACACAACAGUUGCACAAUGGUUGAGCAAUUCGUCAACACAAUUGGUCUAACUUUGGGGAUCUAACAGUGAGGAUUAGUAAUCGAUGACCGCUCAUUGAUUGCUUUCUCCCGUUGAACUCAACCAUUAUUUACGCGUAAAUACACAUAUACACGUGUGUACAUAUCAUAUACACAGAUAUACGGGAGUGAAGGUUCGUUGGAUCUGUGUAUACGGAAUAAUUGAAAUACGUAGAAGUGAAAUACACGGAUCAUACGUCUAAUCGGGCAUACGUGUAUUGGUGAAGUCUAUUGAACACCUCACUCGUCGCUUGCCAAUUGACAGUCCAAGAAGGGCGGAGUAACGCUCGCCAUUUGCAACGUUGCUCCACCGGUCGCUGGUUGCCGAUUGGCGAAUAGAAGCUCGAAGCGUCAUUUCUACGAUGUUCGUCCACCGUAUCAUAUGGAAUCGCUCGCUAAUCUCCUUUAAUUAAUCACUCAACAUUUUACACGGUUGUUUGCAAGAUGAUGGAGGAUUCUACUGUUUAGUUUGUCCUAAUCUACAAGCAUAUAUAAAUAUAUCGGAUAUCGUUAUACCUUGUAUAACCGAGCAUUCUUCUUCAAUCUUCCGAUAGCCAGCCAAGAGGUCUAUACAACCGAUAUUAAAGCUCCACGUUAAAGAAUUAAAAUCAGCCACGGUGAUAUGCCGUGUACAAUAUUUCUAAGUUAAAUUAUGAAAAUACCAGCCCCGAAAUUCCCGAUGAAAUUAUAAACACGGCUCUGUGUAACCUUUUCUCUCCGAACUAAAGCCCAGUUCCGUAAUGGUCUUAAUACGGUUGUAUAUGUCCAAGUUUGCGAAGUUCUCAAUAUACAACCGAGCGUUGAAAGGGUCGAAAGAAACGAAAUUCCAACGCAGCAUCGGCGCAGCCGGGAACAGGCCUUACAUUUCCGUUUCGAUGGAAUCUCAGAGGUCUCCGAGGUCGGGAUAAGCGCAUUUCUCGAGACGCUUCCCGUCUUUUCAUUCGCGAUUCAACGAGCGACGCGAGCAUGACGAUUUUUUUCGCGUCACGUCGCGAUAAUCACGUAACGAUAAUGAGGAUAAGACUGACGAAGACAGACAGUGAGAAUAAGUUUACGAAUAAGAGAAAAGAGAAAGAUAGGGAGGGAAGGAAGGGAGGAAAGAGAGAGAAAGAGAGAAAGAGUUCUCGCUAUUUUUUAGACGUCUUGACCGAGACACAUUCCUCAAUGGCAGUAGAAACUGCGAUUCGAGAAGUUACCGUUAAACGAGCCUAAACGAAUACUCGGCGGAGUAUAGUUAGUGCGUUUGCUACUCGUAAGACACUCGGAGAAUGUCGUCUAUGCGAGUUACACUAUCGUCUGUCUUCGAUAGACUAUAGGUUUGUUCUUUCUAGCUGAACUGGGUGGCUGCACGAGAACUGAACUGAAUUUAACCAGUGCAAGCCGCACAGCUAAAGAAUAAAGAAUGCUCUGGUGCGUAAAGGUAACAUGGCGCGCUAUGUUAGACAGGAUAAUUAGAUAACUCAUCCGAUGAAGAAGAAAUUCUUCCGUUAUAACCAAUUUUGAAGAUUUUUUUAGAAGAUAAUAACAGUAAUGAAUAUGUAUAAACUUACUAUUAUUGAAUUUAUCGAACUUAAAUAUAUAUAUAAGUACGACUAAUAUGUAUAAAUAUGUAUAUGAAGGAGAAAAAUUGUCUCAUAUUGCAUCGUAUGUAAGUUAUUACACAAAUCAUAUUGUGUCACAAUUAAUAUAAAUUUAGUAAUUUUGAGCUUAUAAAAAAUAUAUAUAUAGUUCGUAUAUAAAUGUAUUAAAUACAUGCAGUCAGCAUUAUAUUUCUAACCUUGCAGAUUUCGACACUUAAAACUAUAUAUAUUUAAUUAUAUACUUUAUUAAUAUUAUUAUUAUUUAAUACAUUUGUAUACUUAUUUAUUUAAAUUUGUUUAUAUAUAUAUAUAUUUAGGUAUAUUGGUUUCGUGCAUUCAUACUUACUAUGAACGUAGAGUGGAAGUACAAUAACAAAUACAGGCUACUACUUGAACUUUUAUUCGAAAGUACUGUCCUUGCACUGCUUGUACUAAUUCCAGACCUACGGCAGCCGGUUCAAUGAAUUCGUGCAUUGAGUUCCGCUGCACUACAAAGAACGGUUGCACCAGUUCAGCUGUAAAGAAUAAACUUCAUACCAGAGCCUGGCAGAAAUUGCACAUUUCGACUGAAUUUUCAAUCGGCUACGCCCAAAAUAUACAAUUUCUGCCGGGCUCUGGCCUAUGAUUCUCGAAAAUUUAUAAAAAAUAUCACAUAACGAUGACUCGGAUCUAUUUUACGCUGCAAACGCUUUGGAGCGCCGUACAACUAACGAUCCUUUGAGCCCUCCGAAACUUUUGCAACAUGAAAUAGACCGCACCCAUCAUAUUUAUCGCGAUAUUUUUCACAUAGUUUCGAGAAAUAGGGGCCUCAGCUAUAUUAUUAUUAUUAUCGAAGCAUUUAUCUGUAAAACAAGCGCGUAAUGACACGCACAUUUUCACAGUACGCUGAACCGAGUUAGCGUUUCGUAAUUAGUGCGAUUUGUAUUUAUUUCCUGCUCGCCGAUACUAAUUCACGAGCAUCACGUUAUCUGUCAAAGAAAAAUACUAUGUAGGAACGGAUUUCGAUAGCCCACAUAGGUGAUUAGCUAAUUUGAUAUAAAGUUUUCUAAUUGGUGGUCCAGCGGAAAGACUCUAGGCACUGGCCGAUGUGAGUGGAUGCGUGCUAUCGUAUUGUGUGCUAAUGGGACCCUCCCCUAUUUCUGUUUAUAUCUCCCCGCUAAGUGUAUAUAUACAGAGUGUCCCAAAUCAACAUAGACUGAAAUCAAUUUUGAUAGAAUAAAUUUCGUGAGAACGCAGAACGGAUCGAGGUGAACAAAAAAGUGUCCUGUACCAUUUGACAAACGACACGCAAAAUCUCGAGUUAUUAAUUACUGGAAAUGGUCAUGUGUGAAGGCUGUUUUAAUUAAUAACUCAAAGAUUUGCGUGUUAUUUGCAAAAUGGUAGAGGACUUUUUUAUUCAGAGUGAUUUGACAAUUGUAUCUAGCGACAGGUUCAAGGUGGAAGUUUAAAAUUCAGUGUACAAUGUAUGUCUUUAAGUACAAUAGUUGUCAUAUACUUGUAGAUUAGAUUAUUUUGUUUUCAAAAUUUGUCUCCAAAAUUGUAGAUCUUUUUGUUCAUUUCAAUUCGUUCUAUGCCCUCACGAAAUUUGUCUUUAUUGGUCUGAGACAUCCUGUGGAUAUACAGGGUGUCUCAUUUUAAAUGAGAACCUCAAAUAUCUUUUGAACAAUCCAUUUUAAAGAAAAAUGUUUCAUAUAAAAGUUGAGGGAUUAAAAAAGAUCUAUUUACUGGUCUUAUCAGUUUGAUUUCAUUUGACUUUGACGCCUCUACCCAAGAUCAAACUGAUAAGAUCGGUAAAUAGAUCUUUCUGGACCCUCCAAUUUUUACAUUUUCCUUUAAAUUAUUUAGGAGAUAUUUGAAAUCUUUUAAAAUUACACCUUAUAUUAGACACCUAACAUAUAUAUAGUUUUUACAUAGCCUCGUACAUGCAGGAAUAUAUAGAGAAGUUAUAUUUUAGAAAUUUAUUAUUUAUUGUAACAUCAUUUAUACGUGAUACGCUAUGUUAUCCACCAGCCAAUAGCCACGACAUGCUGUUACGUUUAUCGUUUAUCGAUGAUGGAAUCAGCCGAUAUUCUUUAAAAAAAAAUAUUAAAUUAAUAUAAUUUAUGAGAGAAAGACGGAGAUUCAAAUUAUAAUCAAAAAAACGUACCAUGCGCGCGCAGAGGAUCACUGAUAUAAGUUUAUUUUUAAUAUUCCUCCUCCUCCCCCUUCUCUCUUUCUCUCAGAUGGUCUGCGUUUCUUUUUUUUUGUUUUUUUAUUAACCACGAUAGAUCGUAUUAUUUUGCACACUCAUUUGCACAAAGGUCUACACGUAUUUUUUUUCUGAAGGUAUAAGCACAUUCAAAAUGACUUAUAAGUGACGGUAAACGAGGUAAAUAUUGGCCCUUCGUUGCACUUUUAUUUGGUAUGUAAGAGUGUAGCGAAAAUACAUAUAUUUCUCUUUCUUAUGAUCUUGUAAAAAGUCGAUUGCCGUGCCAGUUCUUAUGAGCAGUGAUUUGCAAUCGUGAUCAUUUGCGAUGUGCUCCUUUAUUAGUUUAUUAGUUUAAUUUCAUUGGAAGGAAGUGCGCACAAACCGUCAUGCAAACGAGUGUACAAGAGUUAGGCGAUACAUGCUGAGUUCUUUGCGAAUUUGCAACGUCAGCACGCCAGCUAUCGCCAAAAUUAUCACGUCGAAGACAGGUAAUGGAGGAACGAUCCUUUAUCCGCGAAAUUAUUGCAGCUCGAUAAAAUAGAAAUGCGACGUGCGGCGGAGACUUUGAUUCGUUGAAAACGCUGCUCGACAACGCCCACAGUGAUUUAAAGUGACACACUGCAGUGUAUAGUAUAGUUGUUUUUUUAGAAAGAAGAAAAUCUUUGAAUCCAUCUUAUAUUCUUGUAGGCCAUCUUGAUUUAUAGGACCGCGCAUUUCCUUACAUCUUGACGCAUGCUGCCAUUGUCACGGGCGCGAAUACGAUAUUCGACGAUGUAAUUCAUUCGCGUUAUUUCACUUGUAACGUCGUUUGAGGGAAGUAGGAAAGUUGAAUUUGUGAAAAGUCGAUAAAAUUUAACACGUUACUACAAGUAUGGGAAUGAAUUGAAUACGAAAUCCUUUUGGGCUUCUUUAUAUUGGCUACUUAUAUUGUAUAUUGACGAUAAAAAUAUUUAAGAAAUUAAAAAUAAUAAGCAUAGAAAUUAUGAUAUAUUAACAUAUGAAGAGAUCUGCUAUUAUCCCGCGGUAUGUAUUGUUAUGGUUCUCUUCAUACAUAAUUUACGCAAGAAUAAACAAAGACAUCAAGAAACUUUUGUUUUCUAAUUAAGUACUGCAUUUUCCACAGAUGUAGCUCAAAUUCAAUCCAAAAAAUGUUAUUUAUCUAAACUCCAUUGCGAUAAAAAGCACUUCGUUUCUGCGAUGUUUUCAUUUUUCUGCUGUCAUUUUGUUAAUUUGUACUGAAUAUUUUUUUUAGAUUAAUCCAUAAAGGAAAGCUUCCGAAAGCAUAGUUUGUUUCUGUUAAAAAUGUCUCGUAUCACUACCGUUAGUUGAUAUUAAAAAUGUCAAUUUUCGAUCGUUCACAAUCUCUGCAAAAUUACAAUACACACCGCCCGGAUGGAUCGAGUUGCAACAGCUUCAUGUGUUAAUGUUUCUUUAAUUUCUAAAAUAUAUUUAUAUUACUAAUACAAUCCACAUCAUACAUUCUACGUACAAAAAGAUUUCGUAUUAACUCCUGUAUCUGUACUGUAACGAGUUAAGGCUCCUGACUACUCAGCCGAGAACUUCGUGUUGACAUAGUGGCGACAUAGUUUAGAGUGACAAAAGGAUAAACUGAUAGAAUGCGGCCCAGUAAGCGCUACGAAUCGGGGGUGUGCGAAGGAGCGUAAAGUAUCAAUAUUUUGUACAAAUCGAAAUACAUAUAGUACUGACAUAUUGAUUAGAAAUGUAUCGAUAUUAGAGAAUAUAAUUACUUUUUGACACGUC